AACUAAUCCUGUUUUCUUAUUUGUUUCAGACUUACAAUUCCAGUUGAUCUUCAACAAGGAAUCUUCACCGAAAACCAGCUCGCCUGCCAUUGCUGAAGACUCGGAGAACAGUGAGGAGGCGAAUUUAAAGCGCGAGGUGAGCCGGCUGGAACGCGAAGCGGCGGCGGCGCGCGGCGAGGCGCGGGCGGCAGAGGCACGAGCACUGCAGCUGCAGAGACUCGUCGACGCGCAGACUGAAAAGUUGCGUGAACUGGAAGUACAGUCGAAGGUGUCAUGUUCGUGCUCGUGCUCGGAGGGCGCGGAGGGCGCGGCGGGCGCUGGGGGCGGGGCGGGCGCGGAGUCGCGCGGCGAGCUGCGCGCGCGGCUCACCUCGGCGGAGCGGCUGGUGCGGCGGCUGCGCGCGGACGCCGAGCGCCAGCGCAGAGAGGUACACGCGCCCGCGCCGCCCGCGCCGGGGGGCGCCGUCACUAACCUCUUGUUUGACGGCGCGGCCGCGAGACACGCACACGUACGUCAGCGCCACGGCACGAACGACCACACCUCAUGCUCCAUUACUAUAUCCAGCCCCACCCAUUACCGAUAUAUUGAUGAUUAUCCACGAUCUUCAAUCUUGCAAGCAGAGUCUCUGCAGUUGAAUGUUAUGAUUAAUUACUUAUAUUUGAUUGUCGUACCGUAGAUAUAACAUAAUAUUAACUUAAGCAAUGAUUUAAGUGUAGCAAUCGGUUGAGCUUAAUGGUUUCUCCAGAAUUGUGACUGCCAGAAACAGCAACCACAUAUUAAACUUCUUCAACAGUAUCGUAAUUUCUUUAAAUUUGUGUGGCUACUCUAAUUGAAAAUCUAACCCAUCUCAAAAAUAACUUCAUGCGUUCUUUACUGUCUUGAAUCUGAUAUUUGUCACUAAGAUCCUGACCGAUUCUCCCUUUUAAAUAUUCAAUUAGCUCAUGGUCCGAAUCUU